GACUCGUGCCCAGACAGACGAUGGUGCCUACACGAUGCUGCUGCCAGUUGGAGCACCUUCCCCACCUCCUGAGCCCGAUGCAGGUGUGGAGCCGGAUGGAGCCGGAGAAUCUUGUCGAUUAGCCAGAGGCCGAGUGCAAAAAGGCAGAAUUGCGAAAAGUGAUGGCCUUUCAAGGAGCGAUGGCUUCCAGUCGAAAAAAGGCGAUUUUACAGGGUCUCCAAUCUUUGAAGUCAAGUCCGCCGUGCCUUUGGAUGACGAUCUUGCAAUGGUGUCCACCAAGUCCCAGGGCGCUGCGGCCAGGGUUCUCUUGGCACUUCCGCCCGAGGGGGCAGAGUUGCCCGUGAUCGCGGAUCCCCCGAUGACAGCAGAUCCGCCGCUGAUGUUUCACUCCGAAGAAGAACAAAAGAGUACCAAGUCGUCGAUGUCCAAGCGACUGACCUCUCUGAAAGCAUCUCUGCGAAAUUUACCACUCUUUCCACACAAACCCGAAAAAGCGAAAUCUGAUGAGGAAUCACUACCACCAAAAAGACAAGGUAGACUACAUGCUGGCCCCACCAGUCCAAAGAACAUCCGGUCAGAAGAUCCCAAGCCGGCGCAGGGCAUGGCCUUGGCCAUUGACCAGCAAUCACUCUCAGCUUCGAAAGAUGGUUGGGGGUCGCCGUCAUCUCCAAAGCCGGGACGGGCACGUGCACAAUCUAAGGAGGAGAGGAAGCCCGUGCCUCCCAGCACACCCUCGAAGGCCCCAAAUGGCUCCGUGAAGGAUGGUGCUCCAUCGCCAGUUCGCCGUUUGAGCCAGCUUUGCGUCCGCGGUUGGACACAAGGGAAGAAGGAUGAUGUGGCAGAGAUCCUGCGAAAGGAUGAGGACUGGGAGCAACAAGAAAGAGUGAUGCAGUACCAAGACGACCUGAAGACCGCCCUGGAGCUACAAGCUCGAGGCCAAGCCAUUGAACUGAAACCGAUGACGGCCGCGGAAGAGAAAGAGCAGUUGGAACUGGAGCGGCAGAUUCAGGAGAAUGGCCUAGCUGGAAAGGAUGCUUUGGCCUUCUUGCUGUCCGCCAAAUUGGGAUCCUUGGACGAUGCUUUCCAAUAUAUGGACACGGCAAAUCGUGGCGAUUCCUUUGCCUUUGUGUCCUGGCAUACGGGGCUUCUGGUGUUGAGAAUCGACCCGAACAAGAUUGCAGGUAUGUCGGUGAAGCAGUCCUUCCAGCGCAUUUCGCAAGGGAAGAGUGAGAUCUCAAAAGCCGCUUGGGAAGAGUACUUCGCAGACUGGGAUGAUUCGGCCUUUACCGGCAAAAGACGACGCAGGCAGGCCCUGAAACCAAAACUUCCUCAAGUUCCCAAGGUGGAGAAACCACCUGAGCCGCCUCCCCCAGAGAAGCCGCCCACCCCGGAGAAGAAACCGGAGGUGAAUAAGUUGAAAAAAGCCACCAUGAAGCUGGCAUUGCUAAGUCGGCUUCAGAAAGAGGAGGAAGAGGAAGAUGAAGAGACCAUCCGCGGACAAGCAAUGGAAGAGCUCUCGAGCCUUCAUCCGGACCCGGCGGAACAAGAGCACCAAGACAGCACCAUGCUGACCAGGCUCCAGUUCUUGUUGACUGUGGCACUCUUCUCAACGGUGUUUGCGGAUCCUGAGGAGAACGCACAGGCCUCUGGCCGCAACCUGGAGAGGGUUGUAAGCUGCGGCGUUUGCCAGAACGUGCCCGAAUCUACUUGCAAGUGGUGUAGCGGUACUGGCGGGGCGGCACCAGACCAAAGCGUGAAACUGUCGAACCUUUCAAGAAAGAAAAGGGCGAUACACUUGCAGGUUGCUCGGGAAUUGAACCUUUGGUCUUCAACACAAGGUUCUUCCUUGCUGGUGAUGCGGGAAGGGCCCAUUUCCCAGAAACUGCGACAGGAUGUGUUGGAGUUGCCAUUGUGUUCGGGGAUCCGGCUUCGAGCCAAAAAAGCAGGUCCUGGCCUGGUCUUGUUGGGCCGGACCUUGGCAGAGGCAGAAAACCUGCGUAUUUCCAAGGCGAUCGGCCCAUGCCCCAAUGCAACCCAAGAGCUUGUGCUUCCAAAGUUCUCUUUGGCAGCCCGCAGUUUGGUUGACGUGGAUGAGGACGAUGGCUACGAUGUAGACAUCUUCAAUGACAGAGGCUCUGCUCCAGAAGUGGAGGAAGUCUUGAGAAGUCAACUUGCAGAUCUACCCCUUAAAGCCAUGUAUGAGUUUCCCGCGGCAGUUGGCCAGGACUUCCGUGACUGUGCAGUUCGAGUUUGCAAAGAAUAUGGCUAUGACAUCAUCGGCGUUUCAGGCUUUCAGGAGCGCGUGGUGGUUGGAAACUUGAAGGAAUCUGUGGAACGUUUGCAUGCAGAGCUGGCUGAAGGUGUUCAACCGGGAUUCGUCCAGUUCAGCAAUGACAUCUCGCGUUUGGAGAAGGAAGUGAUUCGAAGGGAGGCACGUUUGAAAGGCUACAUCGUGGUGGAGGAUGAAGCCGGUCUCAGGGUCUCGCGGAUGAAAGAAGAAGGCCCUCUCAAGGAGCUGUGCAAACUUAGCGCUGAGGUUUUUGCUCAGCAGCCUGGCAUCCACUGGAUUAAGCGGAUCCUUCCAUCCAAGUGUUGCAUGGAACAUCGGUACGAUUCGGUGCGGCGUGCACCUCUCACUGACAUUGCUGAAGCGCUUCUGAGGGCAAUGAUGCUGAGGUUUGAAGCUGAGACUCUAGGCCUAGAGGGCAUCGAAACAGGAGGAAUAUCAGGAUCAUUUUGGAAUUCACGAGAAAUGAUCCACACAGCUACUGCUAGGGAUGUGCCACCUGACCGGGCUGAAGUUCUGGCUAAGCCGCUUUAUGAGGCGUUUGACGACACAUUGCAUUUGCAGAUCGAGCUGACGAAGGCUUCUAAUGGGCUGUCAAAGCAGUUCUUCAAGGUGUUUCUUGACAAGGCAAUGCAACAAGCAGGUUGGUAUCCGAGCCCAGAAGUUCUCGAGGCUUUGCACAAGAGAGAAGAGGAAGGUGGCGAUGAAGAUGAGUAUGAUGCGGCUAGUGAUGAG